CUCCUCAGUCUUCAGUCUUGUUCACUUUAAUAAAGAGCUGUUACUAGAGAACUGUCUCCAGCAUGUUUUGUCAAGAGAGCUGAAAUCACAAACCCCACGUCACAACAACUGGCGACGAAGGUGGGAUCCGGAAUGCUGAGGAGCGGUUAAACACAACCCUGCCUCAGAGUCCGGAUUGCAGCUGAGAACAAGACUCACUGGCCAGCUGAGAAGACGACCCUGCCCGCUAGGACAAUGGAGAGUCCAAGGGUAUUGGAGCCCUUCCAGCCAUCAGAGCCCCACACCUGGGAAGACUACGUCGAACGCUUCGAGUUCUUUGCAGUGGCUCAAGGGAUCACCGAUGCCAGCAAAAGAAGGGCCACAUUCCUGAGCUACUGUGGGCCCGAGACCUUCAAGCUGGCCAAGGCAUUACUUGCUCCAGUGAAGCUGAGUGAGACAUCUCUCAAAGAUAUUCUUGCCUGCCUAACAAGCCACUUGGCACCUACUGAGACCAAGAUGGCCCGGCGGAUGGAGUUCCAUAAGAGGCAGCAGCAUGCUGGGGAGUCUGUAUCCACAUUUCUGGCUGAACUCCGGAAGCUCGCUCAGCACUGCGGCUUCCAAAAUCUGGAAGAGACUCUCCUGGAUCGGUUUAUUGGUGGUCUGAGCAGCAAGAAAGCCAGAAGACGCAUCGUGGCUAAAGAAGAGGUUACCCUUGCUUCAGCCUUGAAAGAGGCCACCGCCACGGAGAAUUAUGAAAGAGAGGAGCUUGAUGCCAGUCGCAAGGCCACUAAGCCACAGAUAGAAGUUGCGCAUGCCAUGGACGAGCUAGAGGCUACUCCGAGCCAGAGCCCAGUCCGUGGGGUCGAGUCGGUGCGUCAGGCCUGCACAGUGCACAGAGAUCGCCGAGGCAGUUGCCCAGGUUGUGGCGGAAACCAUGAAAGGAAGAGUUGUCGUUUCAGGGAUGCUAUCUGCCGGACGUGCGGAAAGACGGGUCACAUCGCCAGGGUCUGUAGAUCGGCGGCGUCGGGAGCGACAGGAGCACCUAGACUGGAGCAUCGCAGACCGCCCACAGCAACUCGUUUUCUAAAGGACUGCCACUACGUAACGGAGAUCAACGGGAGGGCCGUGCAGUUUCCAGCGCAAGGCAAGGCACACGUCAAGGUGAAGAUUGAGGGUCAGCAGUGCGACAUGGAGGUGGACUCCGGAUCCGCAUUCACCAUCGUGUCGGACCAGACCGCGAAGACAUUCUUCCCCAGGGGUAAGUUGCCCCCUCUGGAGCCCUUUCCGGCAACCUUGCAGUCGUACUCAGCAGGCCGCAUCCAUGUUAUGGGAAUGUGUGCCGUGAGAGUACAGUUCCGGGACAAACAGGCUGUACUCAAACUGGUGAUUGCGAAGGGCAGUCGCCCCAGUCUCCUGGGCACUGACUGGUUCCCUGCCCUGGGACUGAGUAUCUCAGGGCUUAAUUCAAUCCAAACCUGCCCUGAGAUGAGUGAGGUAUUAUGCAAGGAAUUUGCUGGUCUCUUUAAUGGAAAACUGGGUUGUUAUAAAGGGCCCCCAGUUGACUUCGAGUUGGACCCCGGGGUGGCUCCAAUCCGACUCAAACCAAGGCGAGUGCCAUUUGCACUGCAACCCAAGAUCGAGGCAGAGCUGGAUAAAUUGGUCAAGCAGGGAGUUCUCUCACCCGUGGACUCUGCUAAGUGGGAGACUCCAAUCGUCACACCCCUUAAAGCAAAUGGGGAAGUCAGGAUAUGUGCAGAUUACAAAUGUACUAUCAAUAAGGCACUCAGGGGAAACUCAUACCCCAUUCCAGUCGUAUCACAUCUGUUGGCUAAACUGGCUGGGGGCAAGGUGUUCGCCAAAAUUGACCUGGCACAAGCUUACCAACAGUUGCCAGUAACCCCACAAUCAGCGGAAGCACAGACUAUUGUCACACAUAAAGGGGCGUUCAGAGUUAACAGAUUACAGUUCGGAGUUUGUGUGGCCCCAGGGAUUUUUCAAGGGCUCAUGGAACGCCUGUUAAGAGGUCUGCCGGGGGUCUUGCCAUUUUUUGAUGAUGUUUUGAUUGCUGGAAAAGACCCACAGGAACUGGUUGCGCGUGUCCGUGCAGUGUUGCUCAAGUUCAAGGAGGUGGGGUUGCAACUGAAAAAAGAAAAAUGCAGUUUUGGGGUGCCAACUGUGGAUUUCUUGGGGUUUAAAAUUGAUGCAUCAGGCAUCCACCCCACAGAUGCUAAGAUUAAGGCCAUCAUCGAGGCACCACGACCACAGAACAAGACGGAGUUGCAGUCAUUCCUGGGACUUAUUAACUUUUAUCAUUCGUUCUUACCCCAGAAAGCUUCGGUAGCUGAACCAUUACAUAGACUAUUGCAGAAAAAGAAUGUGUGGCGAUGGGGGCGGGAGCAGCAGAAGGCUUUUGACUCCUUGCGAGGAAUGCUGAGUAGCAGGAGCGUCCUUGCUCAUUAUGAUGAGUCAAAGCCGCUGGUCCUGGCAUGUGAUGCCUCUCAAUACGGUCUGGGGGCUGUGCUGAGUCAUAGGGAACCGGAUGGGUCGGAAAAGCCCAUCUCUUUCUAUUCCCGUACGUUGUCGCCCACAGAGCGCAACUAUGCUCAAAUUGAUAAAGAGGCACUGGCUAUUGUGUCCGGAAUCAAAAGGUUCUAUGAUUAUUUGUACGGUCGCCAUUUCUCCAUUGAAACGGACCACAAACCACUGUUAGGGUUGUUCAACCCAAACAAACAAACGCCACAAAUUCUCUCCCCCAGAAUGUUGCGUUGGUCAAUAUUCCUGAAUGGGUUCCAGUACACCUUGACCCAUGUGCCGGGGAAACAGUUGUGCCAUGCUGAUGCGCUGAGUCGAUUGCCCCUUCCUGGCGGGAGCAAUGAGGAUCCUGCUCCGGCGGAGCACAUUAUGAUGCUAGAAACACUUCCGGGGGCUCCUGUAACAGCUACGGAUAUAGCUGAGAAAACUAGGAAAGAUGCUGUUCUCUCCCGUGUGCUCACUUGGGUGGGGAGGGGGUGGCCAGGUGGUCCGCAUGUAGAAAAAUUCAGGCCUUUUGCGACAAGGCAGCACGAAUUGUCCAUGCAUAAGGGUUGUCUCCUAUGGGGAGAUAGGGUGAUAAUCCCAGCACCACUGAGAAACAGGGUUCUUGAGACGCUUCACAUGGGACACCCGGGAAUGGUCAGGAUGAAGUCGCUAGCCCGAUGUUAUGUGUGGUGGCCUGGAAUGGACCAGAACAUAGAACAAUGGGUACGAACAUGCAAGGCAUGCCAAGAGGUGCGGCCAGAAGUGGCCAGAGCACCAGUCCACUGGUGGGAGCAGUCCAGGACUCCCUGGAGCCGGCUGCACAUAGAUUUUGCUGGGCCAUUCCAAGGGAAGGUCUUUUUGGUUAUUGUUGAUGCAUAUUCCAAAUGGUUAGAAGUGGCGAUGGUCCCUAGCAUGGCAUCAGCUGCCGUAAUCAAGGUGUUGAGGCAGCUGUUUGCUACCCACGGGUUACCUGAGACCAUUGUAUCAGAUAAUGGGGCAGCUUUUGUAUCCCAAGAAUUCAGGGCAUUCUUGGCUGAUAACUUUAUAAGAGGGGUCACAUCCGCGCCCUUUCACCCAUCCUCCAAUGGGCAGGCUGAGCGCAUGGUAAGAACAGCCAAAGAAUCCAUUGCGCGCUUAAUGGAGGGUAACUGGUCGGCUCGCAUUGCGCGAAUGUUAUUUUUGCAGCAUGCGACGCCGUGUACUGCGACGGGCAAGUCGCCAGCCGAGCUGCUCUUAGGUAGAAGACUGGUAACGGUGCUGGAUUAUGUCCACCCAGAUAAAAUGCCAAACCGUAAUUCAAGAGCAACCCCCCAGGCUGAGACUGACACAACAAGGUAUCUCGCCCCUGAAGAUCUGGUCUGGGUGAGGAACUAUUCACGAGGUCCGCGGUGGGUGGCCGGUGUGAUCACCCGGGCUAGUGGACCUGUGUCCUAUUAUGUGACCUUGGAAAAUGGGCAAGUUUGGAAGAGACAUAUAGAUCAGCUGAGGCGCCGGGCGCUCAGCAGGGAGGAGUCAGAUAAUUCAUCCCUGGCUAAUGACGCACAGCUGCAAGACCAGAGUGAAAAUGGUCCAGAGGUACAGUCACCAGGGGCUUCAGCAAAUGAACCAGGGUCUGCUAGUCCUCAUGAUGACGAGGUACAGGUCGGGGACCCUGAGAUGUCUGGGACUCCAUCUGUUCCUGAUGAAACCCCUAUAGCAGCCCCUCCACCACAGGUAACACCCAAUCCAGAACCUGCAACACCUGUUGUCAGGAGAUCAGGUAGAAGUUGUAGGACCCCACAGUACCUGAGGGAUUACGUCUGCUGUGCUCACUAGGGGGGGAGGGGUGUUGUGUAUUGAGUCAAAGGAUUUUAUAUCUGUAUUAUUAUUGUCUGUAUUUGCAUUAGGAUAAAGUAACUGCCUUUUGGUUCCAGAGGGUACAGCUACUAUUGGUUCAUUUAAGCUGCUGUAUUUGGAUCCUCUGUCUUAUUGGUUUCCUCCAAAAGGCAGCACUGUGAUUGCUUGAUAUUGUUCCCUCCAAAAUGUAUCCCUUCCUAGC